AUGUCCAAGGCGACGGAGACGGCGGGCUUGGGUAAGGAUCCCGAGGCGGCCAGGCCUGCGAACUCGGUGCUUAAGGAGGCCACGGCGGAGUGCUCGCGCAAGCAGGAGGCCUUGGACAGGGCCGCCCGCUCGGUCGAGCAUGCCAAGCUGCAGCUGGAGAAGGCGAACGCGGCCUUCGAGAAGGCCACGGACGAGAUGGUCGAGGCUGAGUGCGCGCGCCUCCUGGCCCAGGAGCGGGUCAGCAAGCCGCCCGACAAGACGCCCGAUGGCAUCACCUUCGCUGUGGACCCCUCCUUGUUCGAGUCCUUGGACGAGUUGGAGGAUGCCGACAGGGCGGCGCUGGAGACCUUCCAGAAGCAGCUCGAGUACAUUUCGAAGCAGGCCACGGCGAAGCAGAAGGAGUUUCAGGCGCUCCUCGACCAGGCGAAGAACGCCCACCGAGAGGCCGCGACCAAGCGGCGCCGCCGUAAUGAGGACGGUGGCGCGGUCCGAGGCGAAGGGGGCGCUGGAGGGCUGCCUGCGGCGCAGCCGCCGCCAGGCGGAGCUGCGCCCACUUCGCCCAGCCAGGCGCCCAGCUCCUCGGCCGUCUUCUCGGAAGAGGUGCGCAGGGACAUGCGCGUCAAGUUCGCCGCCAACUCGGAGGCCCAGGCCAAGGAGGCCAAGGGCUUGGGCAAGGGUGGCGGCGCCUCCGCUGAUGGCUCGCUCACAAUUCUCUUCGGCAACAUCGCGGAGUGGGGGCCGCAGGCUGCGCGCUUCCUUUCGCGUGAGUCUGAGCGCAGCGUUGUGGGCUUCUGCGAGACGCACAAGGGUGAGUUCGACAUGCCUGACAUCUGCGCAGGGUUGGACAAGGAUGGCUGGAGGCUCGCCCAUACGGCUGCGCGCCCUUCGGGCAAGUCGGAGAGCGGGCCCUCUGGCGGGGAGUGGAUCCUAACGAAGAAGCAUAUUGCGGCGACGAGCUUUGAGAGUGCUCGCCGCGCGUCUGCGAAUGCUGGAAGGCUGGCCCCCUGCCGCGGGUUCGCGCCGAUCGCGCUGCGCACCAAGGCGGGCAACCUGGUUUUUAUCUCCGCAUGCCUUUUGCCAGGCCUGGGAGUGAAAGGAUGGAAUAAUGGCGCGCUGGUGGCAUUGGGGGCCUUUGUUCGGUCCCUGGCGGACCCGUAUCUGAUCAUGGCGGACUGGAUCAUCGAGCCAGGCCCCUUUCGCAGCCGCAGGUGGUACCGACACCUGGCGCUGCCGCUUCCGCUGCCGCCCUGUGAGCGCCCUCGAGCACUUCCUGAUCCUGAGAGCAAGACUGCGAAGAAGAAGGAGGCAGCCAGGCAGCGCAGACGCCAAGAGCUGCCUUCAGAGUUCCACGAUGCCUUCGAGGAACUGCAUCCUCCAGCGGAGCUGCCUGUUGAGAAGGCGGCGCUUCAUGUGCCCGGUGAGAUCUGGGAGGAGGCCGAGGCUCAGGCACGCUGGGAAGGAGUUCAUGCACUUCACAACUGUGAUCCCUCCGAGGUGUCUGGCCGUCAUGCCCCCUUCGAUCGGGCCCACCAUUACACCUUCGAGUGGCAAGCGGCAGGCCGCACCUCUCUGGAUGAGCAGCACGCGCAUUGGAUUACGGUUAUGGAGAGGGCGGUUCUAUUACAUGAGAAAGUGGACUCAGACAAAUGGUACAAGUAUUCGGGCCGCGCGGGAGGCCCUUCUUGUUGCUGGAAGCUUGUGCGUGCUACACCUGGGCGUGCCCACGUGCGGAACGAGCAGACUGAAUGGUGGGGGCAGACGAGCACGGUUGUCAUUCGCUACGUCGUGCUCAGGAACAACGCGCCUGACCCCCACCAAGCCGCCCAGCGCGCUGAUUGCGCGCGCAAAUUGAUCGAGCAGCUGGACGGGGUGGACGACGUGAUCUACUUCGGCAAGCAGCAGGACCCCCUGGAGAUCUUCGCCUGGAAAGGUAUGGUCGCAAACCUGGAUCUGGCACCCGUUCAGCCCUUGCCUGAGGUGCUCGAGAGAAUACGCAGGUGGACCGACCUCUCGAACGAAAGGGCCAUGAUGGCCCCCAGGUCUCAGUUCAUGAGAUGGGCCCAGGAUAUGUGGGCCACCAAACCAGGGGCCUUUCACAGGCAUGUCAAGCCUGCCGCGGCCCCUGUUUGGGAGAGUAAGGACCCCUCAGGCACCGUCACUUCCGAUUGCCAAGAGAUGUUGCAAGGCCUGGCUGCCGAGUGGACGGCGAUGUGGACCGACCCAGUGGACCAGCCGAAGCAAAUGUGUGAUAUGAUGCGGAAAUGUUUGGAUGCUGCGCGGGUUGACCCGCUUCCUGCCAUUACCUUGCUGGAUCUGGAUAUGGCCCUGCCCAGGAUACCUGCGGGCAAGACGAAAG